UUCACGAUAUUUUGAAAGCAAACGGAUCAGUUGGAGGAAACCCGAUAUUGAACACGAUGCAACUACAGAAGCUAGAAUCAUACUUUAAUCAACGGCAUAUUGACAGUCGCACUGAUGGUUUGUUCUAUAGGGUUGAGGAUGUUUUGAGAAAACAGUGGAAAGGACUGUACCCUUGUACCUGGUUUGAUCCUCCGAAUACACAAACAUUCGGGACUGAGUGGUGUUUCAUUUCAGGGCUAACACAAGAACCUGAAAGCAAAACGCCAGACAGUUUCAAAUUGUGGUAUCCACAUAUCAAAAACAAAUUUGAGCAACAUGUCGACCAAAUUAACAAAAUGCUAGAUACAGUUAGCGUUUUGACAGUGGUUGCGUGCUGGCCAGAUGAUAGAGCCACAGAUUUGAAGUUCCAAAAAAUCAUUUCUGCAUUAAAUGAAUCAAUUUCGCCUGUCCCAAAGGUUAUUGUUAUUGGUAUUCUGCCAGCAGAACACCAAAAACUCGUAGACGACACAAUUUCUCCAGACUAUUACGUUAAAGAAAAACUUGACGAUGUUUUCCAUGAUCUGUCGACAAAUCUAGGGCCGCAACAACAUAAGGCAUCGAAAUACAGAUUACCAACGGAUGAUGGCACCAAUGAAACUCUUAUCAACAAUACAUCGGCAGCCUCUUUCAGAGAAAGUAUGUAAAUACUUUAUCUUGACAACCCAUCUCCAAGUAGAUCCUCUGAUAGGUCUGCUUCUGAAGAAGAAGAACGGUUAUUCUUCAAAGGUGGCACUUUAAGUUGGCAAUCCUACUACACCAAUGGCCCGGAGCAUUUUUAUGUUGCGAGGGAUCUUCUUCCAACCAUUGUGAAUGAUAUCAAAAGCAAUUUUAUCGACACGUUGAAUCAAGGGUUUGUCAAGAUAUUCCAUGCUCCUGGAUCUGGGGGAACUACCAUCGGUCAAUAUAUACUUUGGAACUUGCAUGAAAUCACACCAUGCGUUCAGAUUAGAACAGAUUCAUUGGCAAAGCCACGACAAAUUGCGGAAAACAUAUCUGUUCUUUACAAGGAGACUCAUAGUCCAAUUGUCGUCUUAUUUGAUGGAUCAGACAAAAACAAGUUUGAACAGAUACAACAACAACUGCAUCACGUGAUUGUGGUUUUUAUAUAUUUAGAACGUGUGUCUGAAACAAAGAUCAAUCUUGAUAAACAUGAGUAUUUCCUCCAAGGUACCUUGUCUAAAAAAGAAGCUAGGCGUAUAGGACCGAAAUUUAUUCGAUGUUGUCAUGAUAAUGUCAAAAAGAAAGACCAGAUCCAAAAGCUUGUUGAAGAGGUCGAGAAAGGUGUAAAUCAUCAUCUCGUCGAGUUUGGGUUAGUCAUUCAUCUACAAGAGUUCACAGGAGUGGCUAAUUAUGUGGCUGAGUACUUAAAGGUAGACAUAAAGAGUAAAGAGUUGAAUACCAAUCAGCGAGUUCUUGGUUAUCUGUCACUAGUCCAAUUUUACGGCCAAGGAACCAUGCCAUGUCAAAUGUUUGGAACUUUGUUUGGAAAGUCUGCAUAUUAUAAGUUCACGUAUGACAAAUUUCCGGCUAGCAUCAAAGAAUUCACAGUUCCAGUUGAGUCAGGAUUCGUUCAGAAUAGCGUUAGGAUAUGUCAUUUUCUGAUAGCAAGAGAAAUCCUAGAUCAGAUUUUAUAGAGAGUGUUAACCAGUAAUCGGGGCUUGGACUUGAGUCCGUUAGCAAAGAACCAUCUCCAACCCUUUGUUUUGGAGUUUAUAAAAGACCUGAAAACACGAGAAGACCAAACAGGUCAAAAAUCAAAAACAGUGCUUGAUAUAAUAAUACAAACGUUCAUUUAUCGUGAAGGUGGAGCAGAUGACACCCAACCGAAAAAACGUCAGCUCUCACGACUGAUGGAAAGCAUACCAUCAGAGCAACCGUAUACUGAACGCCUUCAUGUGAUGGAAACACUUGCGAAGUCUUUUCCUUAUAUUCCAAGUUUGUGGGCGCACCUUGGGAGGGCAUAUUCCUUGCUUUGUCCUACACAACAUGAGAAAACUGAAACAUUUUUCCAGGAAGCGAUACAGGGCUGUCGAGCAAAGGAAAGUCACACUGAUUCCGAAAAUGACGAUGUCGUACUGAGCUUCGUAUAUCAUAUGUACGGAAUGUUUUACCUUCAGCGGAUUAAAGCUGAAAUAGCAAAAUGCAGAAAACAAAACAAUUCGGAGAUGCAAUUUCAGGAUACAGUCAGGAAUAUGUUUACUUUAGCAGAUUUGGCAUUCAUAGCAUUUUCAAAUUGCAGACAGUUUGGAUAUGCAGGUUAUCAGGAGUCCUUUGGCUGUAUUGGAGAAAUAAACGUACGGCUAUGCAUAUGUGAUCUUCUGAAAAGUCACUAUCGAUUUCACACGAUCCAAGCCCUUCGCGAAAAGUCGAGAAAUGCUGAUAUAAUUUUGUUUGUUGAAGAAAGCUUAUCAAACAUUCUACAUCUGUUCAUGAAGUGCUUUAAUACUGUUGAUCAGUCCCAGAUUGAUGACCAGUUUUACAGGAAGGUCACACAGUACAAAACGCUUUUCAAGGGGAUGACCAAAACCUGCUACAUAGAUACUUUAAGUAUUCCUGAUACAUUCCAUACACGAUGCGCAACGAUUACAGGAAUUAAGCUGAAAUACGGGGAGGUAAAUCAGCUUGGAACAAUCAAUGACUUCAAAGAUGAAAGAGACAUCAAGUUUAUAAUUACAAUGCUAGAAAAAAAACAUUGCUGAUAUCAGGCAACCAGGAGAAACAUACUCCAAUAUGAAUGUAGACUUUGUUUUCAUAGAUUGGAUCCAGGCAAUUCGACAUCCCCAACAGAAAACGUACUAUUCCUUGGAAGACGUUUUAACAAACGUACGUUUUUGGCACCAAAAAAUGUGCAGUCCCUACUCUAUUUUCUACAUAUUUGUUCUCCUGUGCACCCUAUCGAUCCACCCUCUGAGGUCUUGUGAUGUUAACAUUUUAAAAGAAGCAAUGGCCAUAAAAAGGGCAGAAAUUGAAAUGAAACAAAUAGGUAAACAGUUCUCCAACCAAGGGAAACCAAGGGAGUGGCUAGGGAAGGAAAAUGGUAUCCGAUGCCUCGUACAAGGAAUCACUUACCAAAACUAUAUAAAGGGUAAGGUCAUCAACGAUGAGGCAGCAAACUAUUAUCUUGUAGUGUUGACAGGAACAAUCCAUCCUCCAAAUAC